UAGCAUUCAGAGAGCGUGAGAAAAGAAGCAUCCUGCAUUUACAGGAACUCAAUGUCUUUACGUUCCAGCCGAUAAAGAUGGAGUCGACUCUUCUGCUCUUUGUCCUCUCCCUGGGUAUCGGUGGUUGUUGGGGUUUUGCUGUGGAAGGAUAUGCAGGAAGUUCCAUCAUCAUCAAGUGUAAAUAUAAGGAUGAACACAGAGACCAAAACAAAUACUUUUGCAAAGAUGAUGCCAUUGGGGGUAAAUAUCUCUGUGAUACUCAAAUACAAACAGAGGGUAAUAAAGGGUGGCAGACUAAAGGCAGAUUCUCUCUGUAUGACAAUACGGACGGCGGAUUCUUAAAGGUGAUCAUGAGAAACCUGACAAAGAGUGAUGAGGGGAAGUACUGGUGUGGAGUGCAGAAAACCUUCUUAGAUGACUACACAGAAGUCAAUCUGAAAGUGAAAGAAGGAAAAGAGGAAGUCUAUAGAGUGUCAGGGUAUGUUGGAGAUGACAUCACCAUCAAAUGCAAGUAUGAAGAUACUAAUAAACACAAGAGCAAGUACCUAUGUAAGAACACAGCUGUAGGGUGUGAGGAUAGAAUAAGAACAGACAGAAAGGACCAAUGGGAGAGCAGAGACAGGUUCUCUCUCUAUGACGACACCACUGGAGGGUUCUUCAUGAUCAACAUUACCAAGGUCACCGAAGAGGAUUAUGGGACAUACUGGUGUGCUCUGGACGAACCGCCCUCCAACGACUCUAAAGUGAGUGUUGACCAGUUCAAGACAAUACAGCUGGAUGUGCACACUGGUUCUCCUGUGGUUCUCCCCGUAUCCAUGACAAUAGUGGUGUUGGGGUUUGGAAUUGUUUUCUUCAUUUGUGUCAUGUGCCAGAAGAGAAGGGGUAGAGAGCCGUCCUUCAACCAUAGCGGCACUGUUCAAGACAACGACAGAGCGAGAGCUCCUACAGAUGGGGUGUAUGAAGAGAUUCAGGACACCAGCAUCUCAGUCUACGCCCUGGCUCAAUUACCCACAAACCCCUCCUGUGACCCGACCUACUCGACUGUCCAAUUACACACAAGCCCUGGUGGAGACCCUUCAUACUCAACAGUGCAGCUACCUGCAGAUCCCUCUGAAGACCCUGGCUACGCCUCUGGAACUUUCCAGAAGAUUCCAUCCUCAGAGACGUCAUAGUCAAUAAAGAGGAGCCCUCCUGUGGUUGGGCAAUUGUGAAUGGCCCCUCCCAUACUUAGAUGUAUUUCAAUUCCUGUAAUGUGU